AAUUAAAGAAAGAGGGAGGGCCAGAGUAGGGGACAGAAAAAACAGACCCUAUGAAAAGAAAAAAAAUAAUAAUAAUAAAAAAUAAAUUUCCCAGACGACGUCGUUUGGCUUGCCCUAAAAUUAUGCUCGAAAUCCCCUCACAUGUUUUCCCUUCUCACCACUUUCUGAGCGCGCUCUGUCUCUCUCUCUCCACAGCUAACCUCCCCACCGUGACCAUUGAUUCCGACUGGCGGCGACGAGUCCAACCCCAAAGCAAACCUGGUGGCUCCCAUCGGCCACUUCAGAAGCUUGUCCGUCGACGCCAACUCCUUCGGAAACCUUGACUGUGCCUCCAUCGCAAUUGACGCACACAAGAUGUUCGAUUCAAUGCCUAAGUGGACAUCUUUUUGAUCUUCAGGAAUUAUAUGUACCUCAUACGAUCAUCAAUCAUGAGGCUCUAUGAUGGGUAUAAAGAAAUACUGAAGAUUCAAAAGUUUAGGAGAUUGGUGUCCUAUGCUGGAUUCUAUUGCUUCGUCGCGGUCUUGAGCUACGGUUAUACGAACAAUACGACUAGAGCUGGGUACUCUAGAGCUGACCAAUACUAUGCAUCAUACCCAGCUGGAACUGAGCUUCUUACUGAUCAUGCUAAGUUAUACAAAGCUGCACUUGGGAAUUGCUUUGAAGAGGAAGAGUGGGGACCAAUCGAAUGGUCCAUCAUAGCUAAACAUUUUGAACGUCAAGGGAAAUCGCCAUAUGCAUAUCAUGCGCAAUACAUGGCGCAUCUUGCCUCCCAUGGACAACUUGAUGGAAGUGGCUAGUGGAAGGAGAACCGGGUCAUCCAGCAGAUGUGAGCUGAAAUGCUUGCUUGUGUAAGCAUGAGUCUGUGUCAUGGAAAUAUUUUCCAUUUGAUGCCUAUCAAGGAAAAAGUUCAAAGUGCAAACUUCUUAUCCUUAAACUUCUAAAGUAUUUCCGUGCAACGUUUAAAGUUUUCCAUCAAACUGUUCUUAUCCUUAAACUUCUAAAGUAUUUCCGUGCAACGUUUAAAGUUUUCCAUCGAACUGCAUUUAUAUAUUUCGUUGUACUACUUAAUUAUAGGAUAUGCAGAAUCGAGUUUGCUCAA